ACCGCAAUUUUGCGAUGAAGAAAUAUAAUUUCAGUUACAAAUGCACGUGUAAUCUUGUUUUGUAACCCUGACGUGCUAUCUAAGCAGACAAAUUCCCAUGGAUUACCCGAUGAGCGCUAAAAUAGCGGUGAAGUCGCAGUCCUUUCGGAACUGUCGAAUUCAAAUUAUCAAAGGAGAGUAUUCACUUUCGACGCAAGACGGGGGAGAUUGUGUUGUCGAUGUUUUCGGAGAUCCUGGUAGCGGUUCACUUGAUAUUCGUGUCAGAAGUGGCAAUGAAUACAUGCCAAGUUUUAGAGUGACGAAAAACACAGACCACAGCCAAAUGGGUCGGCUGAGGUACCUUAUAGAUCUUCCCGAGCAGAACUUUAGUGUUCUUCUGAGUUUUUCGCACAGAGAAGAUGUCAAUGACUUUAAAGAACUGUUGAAUGCUGCUUCUGGUAGAAUGAAGAAGCGGUCACUGUUUGAUGAGAGGACAGAAAAGGCAUCAGCCAGUCAGUAUUUUCAGUUUUAUGGAUAUUUAUCACAGCAACAAAACAUGAUGCAGGAUUAUGUGAGAACCUCCACAUAUCAAAGAGCAAUGUUGCAGAAUCACACUGACUUUCAGGAUAAGGUGGUGAUCGAUGUUGGGGCUGGAUCAGGAAUCCUUUCAUUCUUUGCUGUGCAGGCAGGAGCCAAAAAAGUUUAUGCCAUAGAAGCCAGCUCGAUGGCCUCACAUGCAGAGGCUUUGGUCAAACACAAUAAUCUUUCAGACAAAGUGAUUGUGAUUCCUGGAAAAGUUGAAGAGGUAGAGAUUCCAGAGAUGGUAGAUGUUAUCAUAUCAGAACCAAUGGGUUAUAUGCUUUACAAUGAAAGAAUGUUGGAGAGUUAUCUUCAUGCUAAGAAAUGGCUUAAACCUGAUGGUAAAAUGUUUCCAACAACCGGUGAUCUGCAUGUGGCUCCAUUUUAUGAUGAUGCACUUUAUAUGGAACACUUCUCCAAAGCAAACUUUUGGUAUCAGAAUUCAUUCUAUGGAGUUGAUUUGUCUAAUUUGAGAGAAUCUGCAAUUGAAGAAUACUUCAGGCAACCAAUUGUGGAUACGUUUGAUGUACGCAUUCUGAUGGCCAAACCUGUGACACACACUGUAAAUUUUCUUAGUGCCGCUGAAGAAGAUUUGCACAGAAUAGAAAUUCCCCUACAUUUCACAUUGCACACUUCAGGAACAGUUCAUGGCCUUGCUUUCUGGUUUGAUGUUUCAUUUCAAGGAAGCAAUGUUCCAGUAUGGCUCUCUACAGCACCACAAGAGCCACUCACUCAUUGGUACCAGGUUCGAUGUCUUCUCCGCACCCCAAUAUUUGCAAAAGUUGGACAGGCAUUAUCUGGGGUAGUUCUUCUCAUCUCCAACAGGAGACAGAGCUAUGAUGUAGAAAUUGAGCUUUCACUGGAUGGGACAAAGGUCAGGUCCACAAACACACUAGACCUGAAAAACCCUUACUUCCGCUACACUGGCACCCAGACUCCUAUUCCUGCAGGGUGCAACACUGUCUCCCCAACAGAGCUGUACUGGAACAUGGUCAGCUCUGCAGGAACUGGUGCAAAUGUUGGUGCUGAGAAUGGCUUGGACGCUGGUUGUGGUGCAGGAAUUAUGGGUAAUGGACUUGUGGUCAAUGCAGUGGGAGCUUAUAGUGGAGGAGGCAUUUUAGGUGCCACACCCUAUGCCUUGGGGGGAAUUCCAAGUGGUCUGCCAAUAGUCAGUGCUGUUCCUAAUGCAUCCACUAUUGAAGGAAGCUCCAGUCAUUAUGUUGGCAGCAGAUAUGUAGUGGGCAACCAAGCCGCUAUAAUACCUGGUUACACUGGGACGAGUUGUGGUGAAUAUGUCACCAGUAGGGGAUCUCAACAUGCAAUGGUGUACUCCAGAUAAACUGGGGCUUUUUCCUGUAUCAACUAGUCCACCAUGAAUGUAAAUAAAUUGAAAUGUGCUGGUUUUUUUUUAAAGGGAGGCAAAUCACUUUGCCAUCCAGCAGACACUGUGUGCUUGUAUGUGAUGAUCGUAUGGAAGGAAGUCAUUCUCCUCUGGCCUAUGAACAUGUGGCGAACCAAUUAAGUAUUGGGUAACUUUAAGAUGGCAUAGUUGUAAAUGGAUACAUGGAAAUGGAAGAUGGUACAGCUGCACUUGCCUGCCUGGUGCUUAGUUUAAGAUUUAAUAAUCAGAUCUUGCUUCACAGACUUCUUGGAUUUGUCUUUACAUAUCAUUAUCAUACAAGUGUAUUGAAUGGCUGUGCAUGGACUGUUUUAGUCAUUAAGGAUACUAAGUGAAGUCUCCUUCUGGACUGUUUUUUCAUUCAGCUAAAUGCUUUAAAAUAUAUUAUCAAUGAAAAUAGCUAAGACAACCUAAUUAUUAACUUCACUUCAGUGGUAUCAUGGUUCUCCUUUAAAUCAAAAGAUCAAAUGAGGAUGAUUCACUGGUGGCAGGAGUGGCCUAAGGUACAUGAAGCCUCUUCAAUUCUAAAUGAUGACUCAAGAAGAGGGGACAUAUUUUUUCAUGGCUUGUCAAGAUUUUGAGUAUUGUACAUUAGUGAGAGCUUGGUUUUUAAUGAGUGAUAAUAUGGGUAAACAAAUGCUAUGCUGUUUGUGGUGGUCAGUUUAGCAAUGUUAAGAGAAAUAUUGGAUAAGAGUGCACUGCAGGUGUGGUACAUUGUACACAAAGUACAACCUGAUUGGUAAACAUUGUUUGACACAACAACACAUCCUUACAGCAUGUGAAAAACUGGUCUUAAGAUAGACCAUGAGCAGUUCUUACUUGUUGGCAAAAAUCUGUCGUCUGAGUCAGAGAAAACAGUGAAAAAUAAAAUUGAUAUUAGUACACUAGUCAGAACUCAGGAGGAUUUCCACUGUGUACAUACAUUGAUUUUUUGUUUUCACUUUUUUUUUUUAACCUGCGUGACUGAAUUUGCCAAAAAGGAAGGACGGCUCGUAGACUCGAUUCAAGAGAAUUCUAAUGAAAUCUUUUUGCAUUUUUUUUUUGUUUUGUUUUGUUUUUUUCUAAUUAGGAAACAUUAGUGUGUUGUAUGUAACUACUUAACAGACUUGCGUUACAUCUCUGACAGCAAUCUACAAGCUGCCUUGUUGAAUUAUUUGUUAUAGAUAAGUUAUUGAUGAAGCCUGUUAUGAAUAAUGAUUAUAUUCUAAGAAAAGUUAGGCCAUACAUUGUAUCUUUGCACCAGGGUCUACCUUAUGUUGAGUGUUGUGAGUAUACCGCAUCAAUUUUUAAGACCUGUACAAAAUAAAUACAAUUCAGUUUCA